AUGCACGCCUUCGGGCCGCCCGCCGAGCCGCCGCCCCACGCCCAGGAGCUGCUGGACGCGGCGGUGUGUCCCGGCAUCUACCCGCCGGGCCGGCCCCGGCCCCCGCCCGCCGCCAACCCCUACCUGUGGCUCGGCGGCCCCGCCGCCCCGUACCUGCCCGCCGCCCCCUUCCUGCCGUCGGGCUGCGCCACCGCGCAGCGGCCGCCGUCGGGCUCCGCGGGUGCGGAGCGGGGCUGGGCGGCGCUGCCCCCGCAGCAGGAGUGCCUGCGCCCGGCGAGGCCGCCGUACUCCUACUCGGCGCUGAUCGCCAUGGCCAUCCACAGCGCGCCGGGCCGGCGGCGCACCCUCAGCCAGAUCUACCAGUACGUGGCCGAAAACUUCCCCUUCUACAAGAAAAGCAAGGCGGGCUGGCAGAACUCCAUCCGCCACAACCUCUCCCUCAACGACUGCUUCAAGAAGGUCCCGCGGGACGAGGACGACCCGGGCAAAGGCAACUACUGGACCCUCGACCCCAACUGCGAGAAAAUGUUCGAUAACGGCAAUUUCAGGAGGAGGAGGAAGAGACGGGCCGAGGCCGGCGCGCCCGAGGGGGCCGGGGGGAGCGGCGGGGGCCCGCGGGCGUCCUGCCCCACCGGGCUGCGGGGACCCCCCGGCGCCGAUGCCCCCCUCUACGGCCGCGCCGGGGCCCAGGCGUGAGUGGAGCUCCCCGGGCGCACCGAGAUGCACUAACGCACGAGAAAGGAAUAUUUUUGUAAUGCGUAAAUGUACAUUUUUAUAUAUAAUCUAUACAUACGGAGAGGUGCAGGAAGGAGGAAGCGGGGACGGGGCUGUGCUGGGAACCAAGCGAUGCCGUCGGGGCUGGCCGUGGGUGCUGCUUUCCCUCCUUUUUCACACUCUCCCUUCUCUCUGAAACCUUGGAAAAGCUUUAACCUCCUGCCGUGCGGGUGUCCCGGGUGGUUUUCUCACCUUUUCAUGGCCGAGAGCAAAGCAGAGCUCCCCGCAGCAGCCCGGGCGUGCAGCCGUGGGGCCCUGGCUGGAUGCAAGGCUCCUGCCGGCCACGGCCCUCCUAGGUGGGGUAGGGGAGGUGAGCGCUGGGUUUGCAGCCUGGACUUCGCAGGGAUGCCAGGAGAGAGCCUGGGGUGCAGGGAGGGACAGAGGGAUGUGCUUUCGCCCCCAGGUCCCACUCCCCGGAGGGGACCAGGCUGACAUGUGGGGGGCACCCAGCCCCGCCAUCCUCUGCGGUUUUUCUAAAUAAAACCUCUUUAUUUUUCCAAACACAAAAGAUCAUCUUUGUGUCAGCUCUGCGGGCCGACGAUAAUUUGUACAAAGAAUUUCAGAUUUAAUCGAGCAUCCAAAAUUAAGCCGGAUCCCCGCUGAGGAGCUCUUUAAUUGCUGGUUUUCCUGCUAACCGCCUUGACGAUCGCUUGCGGGGAGCUGGCGGCCCCUGGUGCGGGUGUCCCGAUGCAGCUCGGGCUGUGCCCCACAGCGCAGCAGCCCCCAGGUACCCGCCGGCUUCCCGGGGCACCUGCUGCUUGAGACUGCCUUGCUAAAAACACCUCUGAUUUAUCCACGGCAUCCACACAUACAGGCGGUUUCUGCAUUUUUCUAUGAAGCUUUGGAAAAAUGCAAUGUGGCACCAGUGGCCUGCAGCCCCAGCAGUUAUGUCUGGGCAUUUUAUUAAGUACUUCAAAUGAGAGGGGUUUGCCAACCUCUACUUGCUUAUUAAUGCCCGGUGCCUGUUCCCUGCUUUUGCUUUCUGGUCGUUCUCUGAAGGUCCUUCAGUUUGAAGAAAACAAAACUGUGAACUAUAUAAUCUGUUGCCUUUCCUUUCUGUCUCUCUCCUCCAGCUCACUGUUCCUUGCUUAUGACAAAAAUACAGCUUUCUUAAAUAAAAAGCUAUUAUUGUUGUUGUUUACAAGAAAACAACCCCAAACAGAAACCUGUAUAAUGCAUACUUUUUGUUCAUUAUAAUGGAACCAUAAAGCAGGUUUUAAAAAAAAAAAUAAAAGAAACCGUCUAAGAACCUAAAGCAUAUAAGAGAUGCGGGUCCCUGAUGGAGGGGAACAAUCAGCAAAG